AUGUUGUACAUUCAGACAAGUCUUCGUUCUAACUCCAUCAAUCGCGUGCACGGUGUGGCACAACAAGGGAAUACGUGUUCUUCUGACUACCGAGAGAGCAUUCGUUCAGCGGCCGACCGGCAAGAACGUGGGACUGGGGAACCGUCAAGCACGGCAGUGGCCGAUGCUGUCGCUCAAGGGUUUGGAGAGUGCCUUCAGUGUCCGGUUUUGAGUGGAGGAAGCCCGGGAAUUUCGGCGAAGCCACGGCUGCACGCCUUGCAAGCUAUUAUUCUUCAAUGCAUUAUUUUAUGCUGCCUCAAAAUUCUAAUUUCUCCGACUGAAGCGAGUGUCGGGUUUCGGUUCAAAGGAUGGGACCGGCGAUUCACCACUUGCAAACUGGUUCGAUUUGAUGGGAACGCGGUUGAAGGCAAGUCAGAGUUCGAGGCUCUGGUUAUGGUGAAUAGUGUCAAUGAAGUCGUAAGCUUCGAGCCAGCCCAGGCGAUUCCUAUGUGCGACGUAAGUAACCACAACCUAGCUUUCGUCCCGUGUGGUGACAGCGCAGUCCGACAGGAUCACACGCGUUUUGUCUUCCCACUGCCGGUGGCGGGGAAGAGCUCGUCGCAACACGACGAAAAGGGGAAGAAUGAAGGAGCAAGCGAAUGGAGAAUAACUAAACUUGCCCGUGCCGCGGGGGGAAUGGCAUACAGAGCGGCUUCAACUGGUGUGGCAGCCGGAAACGCCGUGGUAAAUUACAUUAUGGGUCGGUCUGCGCUUCUUACGGAGUCACUGCAUCAGAAACUCGCUAGAUACCGCCGAGAAGCUAUUUCGUAUGGCCUGGAAUGUCAGGAUCCUGUUAUGGAGUUAUCAAUGAAGAGCGCGAUGAAUCCUCCAAUCGCGUCAGUCAUUGGGCAGGGAGUUGGCUCUGUCAUUGAACUGGAAGGCAGCGGAGUGGUCAAAGUUGGCUCUUGA